ACCCCCGCUCUCCCUCCACACAGGAGAGGAGAGGAGAGGAGCACCAGAGCCGGGGAGCGAGCGAGCGAGCUCGGUCCCGCCGGACGGAGAAACCCCACCCCCACCCCGCCCCAGCAGCCAGCGCCGGAGCGCCUCCCGCCGCCGGUCCGCUCGAAUUCCAGGGUCCGCCGUCUGCGCAGGGGAAGAGGAAGGAAGGAGGAAGCGGGGGGAGCGUCGGGGCCUUUGGUCGGCUUACUCCGUCGCUACGGUCCGAGGCCGUCGCGUCAGCUUCGCUUGCUCGGGCUGCUGGAGGGUAUGAGAGACGAAAACAACAGCUAGAGGAUAGCUCAGAUUAAGCCCUUUCAUUAAGGAUAGAAUGGGUGGCUGCUGUUGUUUUUCAUCAAGAGCGGAAGCGGACAGAGCACCGGUUCAUAUCUAUCAUCAACAAAAUCAAGAAGAGCAUGAACCUUUGUCUUCUGCCUUUGAUGGAUCAUCUCCGGCUUCUGCUAUAGUCGCAGUUGACACAAACCUGGACACAUCCACUCCUGACACUUAUCGGGCGCCCCCUGCACCAUUGCCUUAUGAUGUUAGCUUGCCAGUUACCGAAAACCCAGAUUUGGAGAAGUCAGAUAUUAAAAGCAAAACAGAUGAUCAGCAGGAAUCUUUAAAGGUGGAUGAAUAUGAAUCAUGUGAAAAAGGUGCCCCUGAAGAUAAGACUGAGGAGGAGGAUGUUUGCCCAAUCUGCCUCGAAGAAUAUGAUGAAGAAAAUCCCCGCUCCAUUACCAAAUGUGACCAUCAUUUCCAUCUCUGUUGCAUCCUCGAAUGGAUGGAGAGAAGUGAGACUUGCCCAGUCUGUGACCAGAUAACUUUGAUAGAUGAGAUGUACGAAUAGCAUGUUGACCCCGGCGGAUCCUCUCUAGGAGCUCUUGCGUGCCUACCGAGGAGGUUUAGUACUAGUCCUUUUUUCUAUGGGGGAAGUAAAACCAGCAACUAUUCUGCUCCUAAUAUGAUAGUAUGAUCUGGUGGAGGUGCUACUGGAAUGCAUCUUGGGAGAACAAAAUGGGAAAUAAUGAAAGGAAGGAAACUGGAAGAAAUAUGCUCUAAAAAAACAUCCAUCCCUGCGUUUAUACUAGCAUUUGUGUCAAGCUGUGGCUGUUUAUGGUAACAGGAGGAUUAGCAGGCUGCAUCUGCAAUAUGCACUUCAUACUAGUUGAAAACUCUUGAAUCUAGCUCUCUUUUUCAUGCUUUCUGGAUUUUGGGUCGCGUUUUCGGAUUGAGCGUCUGUAUAAACCAUCACAUACUAGAUAUAGGGUGACAGCAAGUAUAAAAGAACUGCUUCUGAACUA